GUUAUACAACGAUCCCCACACCCGACGUUAUAGGAGACACAGCUGAGCAGUGACUCUGAGUGAGGGCAAUGGCAAAGAGAUACAACCCUUCUCGUUUGGGAAUAAGUAAAGGGGAUGGAUUGCCACCCGAACCUUACUUUCGAAAUUCACCGUCUGCUGUACAUAUGUCUGAUCAGGAGUACAAUCGUCUGUUGAUGCCAACUUUUAACAAAUCUGAGGAGACAACAAACGUUUUUCAUAAACAUUUGGUAAACAAAUUAAAUAGCUUAAAUACAAACAGAGCAAGCAAACACAAGAAGAGUUUGUGGUCUAAUCGAAGAUCAGCUGGCGUAUUUUCGCUCUUUGCCUUUGGAAUCUAUCUCUAUACAAUGCAUGCUAUGAAACAGGAAGAAUUCUUAGAGAAAUUGGAUGUGAAUGUGACAAAAACAGACAUUAACAUGGCUAAAGGACAACCCGUGGCAUAGUCAGCACAGACUUACUCAUAUGAAUCAUUCUGAACUUGUGUGUCUCUGCAUAAAGACUUCUGU